CAAUUUUGAUACUCUGGCAACUCUAAUAUGUCUUUUACUAGUAAACUGCUACAGAAUACUACACGGCUAUGGAAUAGCAUCAACGCCUCACGUGGUUUCCAUGUGUUGAUGCGGCCCACAGUCAAUGCCACAACAACCACAACGCCGGUUCACAAUACAACUGGUCAGCAAUUGGUGCCCUCAACUAAUCUAGUAUCAUCCCUUCUGGCGCCUUUCAAUGCAUAUGUCCAGCAAGUAGCAGGAUUUAAGGUGAAGGGUCGUUUAAAGCGACGCUGCAAGGAUUGCUACAUUGUGGUACGGCAGGAGCGCGGUUAUGUCAUCUGUCCCACGCAUCCGCGUCACAAGCAAAUGUCAAUGAAGAAACGUGAUUACAAGUCCUGGAUUCUGACGCACGCCACACAAUCUAAGGAGAGGGGCUAUUAACUCAUAAUAUAUUUAUGUGUAAAUACCCAAUAGUUUUUUAUUGACUUCAAUAAAAUAAUGUGUUGAAUUAA